CAGACAUAAGGAAGGAAUAAUACAGACUGAGGAAUACAACUGCAACAAUGGAAAGAGCUGGAGAAAUUGUGCAAAGUGUUAUCUCAGGGCACUUUGAUUUAAGAAAACAGCAGAUCCAGGAAGCUCCCUAUCCAAAUGAAGAUAAUCAGAAUUUUGCCUGUUCAGGACAGUCAAGUGUUAGACAACACAAAAUCCAGGAACGUCCCUUCUGUCGUGAUCCUAAUUCAUCCUGCACUGGUUCUGCAGGCCAACAGAAUCAAAGACACCAGUCCAAACUACAGGAAAUUCCCCUCCAUGAUGGAGACAGGCAGAACUCUGGUUCUUCAGGACAGAGUCCUGGUUAUACAGGACAGCAGAACAGGAGACCGCAACACAAAUUUCAGGAACCUCCCCAGGCAUCGGACCAGCAGCAGGACUCUUCUUCAUCUAGCAUGAACCCUUACGCUGCCCUGGUGGACUGUCUGCGAGCCACCUGGCUAACAGGAAAGACGCGCCCUGUGGACUAUCGGAGGACCCAGCUGGAGGCACUGAGCCGCUUUCUGGAGGAGAAUGAAACAGAAAUCUUGCAUGCCUUGAGUGUAGACAUGCGCAGGCCUCCUUUUGAAGGAUACCUUGCUGACAUUUCUGUGACUAAGAAUGAAGUGAACAAUGCACUCAACAACCUGUGCUACUGGAUGAAAGAUGAGUCUGUGGACAAGAACCUGGCCACCAAGCUUGACUGUGCCUUUGUUCGCAAGGACCCGUUUGGUGUGGUGCUCAUCAUUUCGCCUUUUAACUAUCCCUUCCACCUCACUUUGAUUCCUAUGGUGGGGGCCAUUGCAGCUGGGAACUGUGUGAUUGUGAAACCUUCAGAGCAAAGCAGCUGCAGUGAAAAGCUCUUGGCUGAAGUGCUGCCUUCCUACCUUGACCCAGAUACCUUUGCUGUGGUGACAGGUGGCCCUGAACCAACCACCAGAUUACUAGAGAACAAGUUUGAUUACAUCAUGUUUACAGGGAGUCCCCGUAUUGGAAAGAUUGUCAUGACUGCAGCCGCCAAACACUUGACCCCAUUGACUUUGGAGCUGGGAGGCCAAAAUCCCUGCUAUGUGGAUUGCUGCUGCAAUUUCCAGAAUGCAGCCAACAGAAUAGUAUGGGCAAAGUUCUUCAAUUGUGGCCAGACUUGCCUUGCACCAGACUAUGUGAUCUGCACCAUUGAAACACAAGAGAGGCUAAUGCCCUGCCUGCGUCAGGCUAUUCGUUGUUUCUAUGGCUGCAACCCUCGAGACUCACCUGACUACGGUCGCAUGAUCAAUGACAAGCAUUUCCAGCGCAUCCGCACACUCCUGGAGUGUGGCCGAGUAGCCAUUGGAGGAGAGACAGAUGAGUGUGACCGUUACAUUGCUCCCACAGUGAUGGCUGAUGUGAAGGAAUGGGAGCCAAUCAUGCAACAGGAAGUCUUUGGGCCUAUCUUGCCCAUUUUCACUGUGAGGGACUUGGAUGAAGCCAUACAAUAUAUCAAUAGCAAGGAACGUCCAUUGGCUGCCUAUGCCUUCUCCUGUGACUCCAAGGUUGUGAAUCGGGUAUUGGAUUGCACCAGCAGUGGUGGCUUCUGUGGCAAUGAUUGCAUGAUGCAAGCAACGCUGAUCUCCUUACCAUUUGGUGGAAUUGGAUACAGUGGAUUUGGCAUGUACCAUGGCAAAUACGGCUUCGACACUUUCACUCACCACCGUGGCUGCCUCUCUCGCUGCAUGGGCUUAGAGGCAAUCAACUGUAUACGUUACCCACCCUACAACCAACGCAAAUUGGACCUGAUGAUCUCCACAACAGAAGUGAGACGCAGGAGCUUUUGCACCCUGCUGUGA